UUGUAACGUGUGAGUACAUAAGAAAUCAUCCCACCUAUCACACAGAACAAUCUCCAUAUCUCCCAAUCCUGACAACACAUCCAGAUCUUCCUCAGAAGUUCUGGCAACCAAAGCAUGGCAGCUGCAUCGUCUCGUGCCAAGCUCCUCCUGGCCUUGGUCUUGUUGCUGGCUCUGUGGGACUCGGCCGCGCCGGCCUGCUCCAUCGACGCCAUCUACAGCUUCGGGGACUCCAUCGCCGACACCGGCAACCUCCUGCGCGAGGGCCCCGUGGGCUUCUUCUCUUCCAUCGGCAGCUACCCCUACGGCCAGACGUACCGGAAGCCCACCGGCCGCUGCUCCGACGGCCUCCUCAUCAUCGACUACUUCGCCAUGGCGCUCGACCUGCCGCUGGUCAACCCGUACCUGGACAAGAGCGCCGACUUCAGCGGCGGCGUCAACUUCGCGGUGGCCGGCGCGACGGCGCUGGACCGCACGUACCUCCUGCAGAACGCGAUCAUCAUGCCGCCGGGGAACACGCCGCUCAGCUCCCAGCUCGACUGGUUCAAAUCGCACCUCAACGACACGUGCCAGCAAGAUUGCGCGAAGAAGCUGGGCGGAGCCUUGUUCUUGGUCGGGGAGAUCGGCGGGAACGACUACAACUACGCAUUCUUUCAGAAGAGGUCCGUCGAGGCCGUCAAGGCGUACGUGCCACUGGUCGUCAAGAGCAUCAUGGACGUCGCAAAGGAGGUGAUCGAGCUGGGGGCGACCCAGAUCAUCAUCCCGGGGAACUUCCCGAUCGGGUGCUCGCCGAGCUACCUCGCCCUCUUCUCCGCCGCCGGCUCCACGGACCACGACGAGCGGGGCUGCCUCAAGAGCUACAACGCCUUCGCCGCGUACCACAACGAGCAGCUCCAGGCGGCCAUCGGCGACCUCCGCAAGGUCAACGCCGACAUCUCCGUCGUCUACGCCGACUACUACGGCGCCUUCCUGCACCUCCUCGACCACGCCGCCGUCCUAGGGUUCGACGAGGGGUCGCUGCUGAAGGCGUGCUGCGGCGCCGGCGGGGAGCACAACUUCGACAUGGACAUGAUGUGCGGCGGGAUCGGGGCGAGCACGUGCGCCGACCCGGCACGCCACGUGAGCUGGGACGGCAUCCACCUCACCCAGCAGGCCUACAGGGCCAUGGCGCUGUCGAUCCUCAUGGAAGGCUUCGCCCAGCCUGCCCAAAGCGUGCAGGGCAUAUGGAGCUGCUGAUGAUAACUCAUGGAGCUCGCGCGCGUUGUUCUAGGAUCUAGCACAACUUGUCUAGCGUCGUCAUCGAUGAGUUGCCUUCGCUCGGUUUGCUUGCGGCUUGCAAAUGUCAGCUUCAAUUUCGGUUACGAUCAAUUUUCUUCUUGAACACAAUCUCGCAGCAUCCCUCUUCCAGAUAUCCUUGAAAAUAGGGCCAUGUAAUUUUUAAUUCACAGAUGUAGACAUAUGCACAGGUUACAAAUCUUAAAUCUUAA